AUGAUGUACGAUGAGAAGACCAAGGCAGCAGUGCAGAAGAUCCCGCUUCUGACGGUGAAAGCAGGGCCUCGCGAUGGCCCAGACUGGGUUGAGCGCCUCAAAGAAGAGCUCGGUGCGCUGAUCAAGUACGUCCAAAACAGCAAGGAAAAUGACAACGAUUGGUUCCACAUAGAGCCCAGUGAGGAUGGCACGAAGUGGUCCGGCACAUGCUGGUAUAUCCACAACCUCCUGAAGUACGAGUUCAAGCUUCAGUUCGAGAUUCCCGCCGGCUAUCCCGCCGUCCCCAUUGAACUGGAGCUGCCGGAGCUGGACGGAAAGACCCCGAAAAUGUACAGAGGAGGCAAGAUUUGCUUGGACAUCCAUUUUGCGCCGCUUUGGAGGGCAAAUGUCCCCAAGUUCGGCAUUGCGCACGCCCUGUCGCUGGCCCUCGGGCCCUGGCUAGCUGCAGAAAUCCCCUAUUUGAUCGAAAACGGGGUGGUGGCCCACAAAGGGACUGGCGCCGAACCCAACCAGGGCUUCCCACGCUGUUGA